AUGGAAACACUAAGUAACAACGUGGUUGCUGAAAGACACAUCAUCAGAAACCUAUCGCCUGGGAAACAUCUUCACCAUGACUACCUCAUCACUUGCCAACACCUGCCAACACCUGAACUUUAUAGACUAUCAUUCAGUUCUCACAAAAAGCGAAACAUGAAGCAAAGAAAUGAGCCACACGUGAUCUUUCACCUGGUGGAGAUUCUUGAGCAGAUCCUUUUGGAAACAGAUGCACGAACCCUGUUGACCUCCGCCCAGCUCGUGUGUUAUAAAUGGCAUGAGCUCAUCAAGAAGUCGCCCCGUAUUCAGACUACGUUGUUCUUCAACCCGUGCAGGAACCCAGAUCAGCCAAGCACCAGGAACCCAUCUAUAAGAGAAAUUAUCAGCAAGUUCACUACCCUCACGGCGCAACCAUGCUUGCUUCGUCCAGAGGCCAGCUGGAGGGGAAUGCUACCUCAGCAGCCGCCCGUGUCGUUUAUCAAGAUACGUCACGCUCACUCAGAGAAUCAAGAUGAUGUGGUAGAGAUCACGCCGGUGGAGGAAUUACGGAUGGAACAUCUUGCCGAUGCGAUGGGAUCUUAUGAGGCCAGAGUACUCUAUGGGAUACGGAAGUUCUCCUCUGCCCUCUUACAUCGCCCAGUAAACCCGGUAAUCUUGCUUAAUGACGGGUCGGUUCUUGAUGCAGACGAAAAUUAUGGGUUGUUGGUGUAUGAUCCUCCGAUGAGUGUAAUGGACAUGCUGUUCAACCGGCUGGAGGGUUGUCACUCUACGGUUAAGCGUGAUCCUCGACGGUGGUAG